AUACGGAGAGAAUAAAGUAUCUCACGUCAUAUUCCGCCAUGAUUGGAGGUAGGAAUGACCAGGUUGUCGAUACGCAUGGUCUCUAGAAGAAAUUGGGCUGCCGGCGUGAGCCUCCAAAGCGAUGCCGCAGAGAUCCACUGUGGAGAUACGCUGCCGAAAGUGGGUCUCGUCCCACUGCCGCGUCGUAUGACUAAUACGCUCAAUCGGCAGCGCCCAGCAAUUCGGCACCCAAUACGAGGCAGUUCCAUCGAUCUCCAUCCCCUUGCUGUUUACUGUGUUUACUCUCCCCGCGGGUUGAGGCUCUAGUCAUUCAACGUGGCCGCCGUGGCCGUCGUGUAAGAUGGGCCCAGUCGAGGCCAAGGCUGAGGCUGAGCGGUGCGUAUGCCAAAUACUUGGUUAGCUUAGGAGCAAGGCUGAAGCAUCGCAAUAAUUUGAAUACAGCGCCGCAAUGACUUCAACAAUGAUGUGCAGAAACGAGCAGAUUCAUGGGUAUAUAAGGGCCUCAAGGAGCUGGUCUUUUGGUCCUUCAUUUCUCAAGGACACCAGCUCAGAAAUACAUUGAAUCCCAGUCUCCACUUCUAAAGCCAAAUCAACACUUCACAAAUCCAGCCAUCAUGCUUUCCCAGACCAUUGUGUGCUCCGUCAUCGCGCUGAUGUCCGCCCUUGCCCUUCCUGCGAAUGCAGCACCUCAGCAAAUCACCAAGCGCUCAACCGUCGAGCUCAGCAAGACCGCUCAACUGAAACUCGCGGACAAUUCCGCUGAGCGUUACAAGCUCCUAAAGAAUGAGGACUUUCUGUUCAAGUUCGGCUCCGACGAGCUGCCGAUUGCCACCAACGAGAACUUCCCAGUCUUGACUGGCACUGGUGUCUCUUUGAGUAUCGGUGAUUUGCCAGGAUGCAGCAUGAGCUUCGUCCACCUCCACCCUAGGGCUACUGAGGUUUUCUCUCUCUCCUCGGGACACAUCAUGUCGGAAAUGGUACCCGAGGUGGCCGCCGUUGACUCCGAAGGCAAACAGCGAACUAUUCGCGUGGAGCUUGAACCAGGAACGGUAACCGUCUACCCGGCCGGCUCAUUUCACACGCAGAUCAAUCCCAACUGUGAGCCCGCCAACUUCACGGCUGUCUUCAACUCGGAAGAAUUUGCCGUGGGGCUGGUGGCCAAGCAAACGUUCCUUUUCAGCAAUGAUGCUAUUGCCCGUACCUUUGGUCAGAGUAUUGCUGGUGAGGAUAUCGAGAAGGUUCGGGAUGCCAUUCCUACUGAUAUGGCGCUCAAGGUUGAGCAGUGCUUGAAGAAGUGCGGUAAGGAGAAGCGCCAGGCUUGAUCGGUCCGACCUGGAUUUGGUGUCUCAUGGAGGGACGGAGAUGCAAUGAAGGACUGUCAAUAGUUGGCUGCAUUAUCUGGUCGCGUUCUUUAUUUUACAAGAUUGGUGUUAUAGAGGUUUCAUAGAAACACCUUGUUGAUUCUGAAAUUCGGCAAUCUUUUCUUUCUUGACCUCCCUAAUGAGCGUUGAAUGUAUUCAGGUGGUUUCUCUACAUAUGCUCUGAGUUUAGAUUACCUAAACCUCUCGAUAUAAAAAAUUUGUAAUUCUCUGCGUUCAUUGCU